UAUGGACCAACUUUCACUAUUGCUUUAAAUCUGUGUGUUUGUGUUUGUGUUUGUACUAGUACUAGUAUUGGUAUAACAGUCAUAUCACACAAUCAGCAGGCAGGCCCCUUUUUCAUUACCCAACCACCCACUCACCUAUACAUUCACCCACACCUAUAUCUAACACAUUCAUGUGCUUGCUUUUACUUUCAUUUCCAUUUUAUGCUCCAUAUAUAUGUAUAUUUGGUUUCAUCAUUUAGCUAGUUACCUUUAUUCACAUUCUAGUGUAUAGAGAUAUUAUUUCAAAAGUUUGUGCUUCAUUCUAGCUUUAUUUACUAUAAAAAAAAUGAUGAUUGACAAAUAUGAUUCCGGAAUUAUGACGCCCGCUAUCAAGACUGAUAGCGGACUUACAUCUGUAAUUCCGGUUUCAAGGAAACUUCCAUCAUCGUCUCUCAAUCAACCGAUAAUUAAUUUGAACCAACAUCUUCUUGGUUCUUUCAUGUUUCUCAAUCAAGAUAUCUCAUCACAAAUGUAUCAACAACAAUUGGAGAUUGAUCAAUUCAUCACUCAUCAUACGGAAAAUGCGAGGAGACAAAUUGAAGAAAUGCGAAAAAGAAACUCAAAAAGAUUGAUAGAAGCAGCACAACAAGGAAUAAUGAAGAGACUAAAAACAAAAGAAGAAGAAAUAACAAAAAUGGGACAAUUGAAUCAUUCACUACAAGAAAAAGUCAAAACGUUAACACUAGAAAAUCAAAUAUGGAUGGAAUUAGCUCAAACAAACGAGGCAACAGCAAACACGUUACGAAAUAAUCUACAACAAGUCCUAAACCAACUUCAACUACAACAAGAUCAACAACACGACACAACAAAUAUAAAUAAUGUUGAUGACACGCAAUCAUCAUGCUACGGAAGCAAUUACGAAAAUAAUAAAAGGUGGUUGUGUUGGAAAUGUAGAAAGAAAGAGGCAUGUGUAUUGUUACUGCCUUGCAGGCAUUUAUGUGUAUGUAACGUAUGUGAUGAUUCUGGGGGUAUCAGUAUUUGCCCAGUCUGUAAGUCUACAAAAUCUGCCGGGGUUCAUGUUAACAUGACCACGACUUAAUUUAUUUAUUGACACAUCAUUUAUUUA